CAGCACGAAGAAGCAGGAAGGCGGCAGCAGCAACAAAGCUUCAACGACUGGACACUCCUAGCUGAACUAACGGGGCACAUUUGUGCUCCUGUGUGCCUCAACCCAGCAACAUGGUGUUUGUUGAGAAGACACUGGACAAAAACCUCUGCCACAAGCUUGUGGUUCCUUCAAGUUGACAGGACACCUCCUACAUUUCCUGUGUCUGAUGGAAGCUAAGGGAUGCAGCCAGAGGUGGAGGAUGCAUCUCCCAGAGUUUAAACACAGCAGGAGAUGCUCGAGUCUGACUACAAAAGACAGUGAAAGAGGCAAGACAGAGGGAGAAAGAGACAGAGGAGGGCCACACAAAAGUGUUACUAUGGCUCCCACCUCGAGGUAUCUGACAGACAGACAGUAUGUAAUGAGAAGGCCUCUGUUCUCUGCAGAACAACAUACAUCUAUCUUAAAGAGGACACAUCCACAGAAGCACACAGAAAAGGAGAGACAUUUGGGUGUUAGCAGAAGAGAAGAAAAUCUGCAACACACUGACAUGAAUUUCUUGACCAGACCAAGAGAGGUGCUGACCCCAGAAGGCUUCAGUCUCUCUCACAGUGACAUGUCACCUCUCUCAGCCUUAAGAAAAGACCUGGGCUCACCCUUGAUUGUCUCUGAGCUCCGGGCCAGGCAGAGCCAUGAAGAGCCCACGUUUGGAUCACCUCUCCCUGGCAGCAGAUCAGCUCAGCGGAGUUCCAUUCUUGAGGUCCAGAGACCAAACCCACCUCUUAGGCCACAGCUGACCUCCACUGUCCUGUAUCCAACCUACAGCCCUCGCUCAGAGUACUCCAGGUCAGGCAAGACUCAGCACAGGCUGGGAGGGAAGGGGGGUAGAGGUGGGGGAGAGACCAAGCUAGGCUCUACUGAAGGACACUCAAAAGGGCAUCCAAUGUCUCCCUGUCAGGCAAACUACUGGGCCUGUGCCAUUCCUAAAGGUUUGCCUCCAUCACCAGACAGGCACUCUGCAGACUGGGACCCAAACAGGGAGUACCAGGCCCUGCUGGACUACACUUACCCUCUGAGACCAGGACAGUUGGUCUGUGAGGGGGACAGCUUCAAGCACCAGGAAGAAUCUGUCAUCCAAACAGACCCCAACCUGCAGGACUCAGGGAUUGAACUGGACCACCUUUGUAGCUCCACCAGUCUGUCAGGGUUGGAUUUGUCUCUUAGUAUGGGUCAAAGAUCACCAGACUUGCAGGGGUUCACCAGAUCCUCAGAUGGUGAGCCCUCUGGUACCUUGCUCUCCCUAACAGAUCCUGUAGGUUCGUCCUUGGACAGUUUGGACUGCACUAAGAAUAGAGGUGGAUUGAAUCGUUACAAGUUUGAAGGUUGCCAUCAUGAGCACCAUACACUGUCCUCCUCUACCUCCAUUGCUUUUACCCGCUCCACCAGUGGCUUUCCACAGUCAAGGCAUGUAGGUGGGGAGGUGGACGAGGAGUUUUGGCCUCUUCCAGAGCAGCUGGAGGAGCUGCAGCUGCUUUCCAGACAGGUGAGAGAGGUGACGGCCCAGCUGAGCCGGCCUGUCACAGCCAGCUGGGAGUCACUGGAGCCAGGCAUCGCUUCCAUUCUCUCCUCCGUCACCCUACUUGAGAAACAGGAGGCUGGAGACGAGGAGGACGAGGCAAAGGUCAAAGAGCUGGAGGGCGGCAGUCAACACUCAGAUGAAGGAAAAGAUGAGAUGGAUAGAGAGGAGAGGAGUGCUGCUCAGACGGCAGCAGCUCACAGGGCCUGUGAGGGAGUAAGAAGAAGUUCUGGUGUCUUGGUGGAGCCUGUAGGAGGGGGACUGAGUUCAUCUAGUCUCAGAGAGGUGGAGGUUUUGGUGGAGCAACUGUCUGGCCUCACCUUGCCUGGCAGCCAGACAAGCAGCCAAGAAGAACAGGAGCAAAGUGACUCCCUGAUGCAACACAUCCAGGUCUUCUGCUCACACCUGGAGCAGCUCAUCCAGCAGCUGUAUACAGUGUCAGAGAAGAUGGAGCUGCUGGCUCCUCCCACUGUGGAUAUAGACAGUGUGAGAUCGUCUCUGGCUGAGUAUCAGAGUUUUCAGAGGGAAGUGAGCAGCCAUCAGCCCCUGACCUCCUGUGUUCUGCACACCGGACGGCUUCUCCUCAGCUGCAUCAGGACCAUGUCCCCACUUUUAAGAGACACCCUGCUGCUGAUUGAGAGGCAAUCUGGAGCUCUGGAGACCCACACUGAACACUUUUUCUCCUCCAUUCUGUCGGCCAUGGACAGCCUCACCCAGACCAGUCAGCCCAAUCCAGUCCAGCAGAGCAGAGAGGAGGACCUGGGCCCUGUGGGGGUCCAGGCAUCCACUUUGUGAGCAGACUGCAGGACACGUCUGUGUUAUGAUUUAUUUCAGUGUUAUCUUCCUUUUUCUAAUAUUUGAUGAAACAAGGCUCUCAUUUAUGUAUGUUUAUUUAAAGGGCAGGUCCAUCUGCAUACUUUUUUGUGUUUUUCAAAUGGAAGCUCCCACUCAGCUGUUAGCAAAAAGCAGUGACGUAGGUCACAGCACUGAUGGCCUCCCCUCCCUCAGUCCUCAGACACGCUGUUCACUGACUGUUGGAGAGUGAGGAAAGUGUUAGCUUGAAAGAUUUGAGCAUAGAGGUGGAAGAUGGGUCUGUUUUACUAUUAUUAAACCUUUAUUUAACCAGAUACAUUGACAUUUAAUAUAACACUGCAUUUGUAUUAUAGAAACACAUUUAUCAAUCCUUAGCAUUACCUACAUUUACAUGAUGGUCGCCACACUGCCAGUUUGGAGAAGCAGACAGGAGGUUAAAGGCACAAAAGCUAGGCAACUUACUGCUGUGGACACCACUUUGUUUGAUUCCAAAAAUCACACAGCAACGCAAACAAAUUAACCAGAGGCAGCAGUAGACUGUAUUUUAACCACCUAAAAAAAAGGACCACAUGGGGCAUUGGUGGCUUAGUGGUAGAGCAGGCGCCCCAUGUACAAGGCUGUUGCCGCAGCGGCCCGGGUUUGACUCCAGCCUGUUGCCCCUUCCUGCAUGCCAUCCCCCCCCCUCUCUCUCUCUCUCUCUCUCUCUCUCUCUCUCUCUCUCUCUCCCUCCUCCAUGCUUACCUGUCCUGUCCAUUAAAGGCAAAAUACACACAAAAAAAAAAAAUCUAAAAAAAAAAGGGACCACAUAAAAAAACUAUAUCAGUUUAAGUGUACACUUUAUUAAGAUAAUUUUACCGUUUUACUUUACCUUUCCAAUUGGGAACUGAGGCUGUUACAUCGCCCUCUUCAAAGCCACCAGACUCCAUUGACAGAAACAGCAAUUUUAAUCACUGUUGCUGGUCUACCACUGACAUUAUUUUUUAAUUAUCCAUCCAUCCAUCCAUCCAUCCAUCCAUCCAUUUUCAUCUGCUUAUCCAGGACUGGGUUGCAGGAGCAAUAGGCUGAGUACUCCAAAUGUCCCUCAUGCAGGAAUGCUUUCCAGCUCUUCGUGGGGGAUCCCAAGGCUUUCCCAGGCCAAAUGAGAAAUGUAAUCCCACCAGCAUGUUCUGGAUCUACCCCGGGGCCUCCCACCAGUUGGAUGUGCCUGCAGAACCUCCCCUUUUGACACAAAGGAGCAGUGGCUCUACUACUAGCUCCCUCUGGAUGUCAGAGCUCCUCACCCUAUCUCUAAGGCUGAGCCCAGCCACCCUGUGAGGGAAACUCAAUUUGGCUGCUUGAAUGUGCGAUCUCAUUCUUUCAGUCACAUCACGGGGGUUGGGACGUAGAUGGACCAGUGAAUCGAAAACUUUGCCUUCCCGGCUCAGCCCCCUCUUCACCAUGACAGUCUGGCAUAGUGUCCUCAUCACUGCAGAUGCCACGCCAAACCACCAAUCCAUUGCACGCUUUCCAUUUUACACUCAGUCAUGAACAAGACCAAGAACAAGAUACUCAAUCUCCUUUGCUUGGGGCAGUAACUCUCUCCCAACCCAGAGGGAGCAAUCCAAUGUUUUCCAGCAGAGAACCAUGGCCUCAGACUUGGAGGUGCUGACUCUCAUACCGACUUCACAUUUGGCUGCAAACCACCCCAGUGUAUGCUGGAGGUCACGGUGUGAUAGAGCUAAUAGAGCCACAUCAUCUGCAAAAAGCAGAGAUGCAAUUCUGAGGUCUCCAAACCUCAGAAUUGCAAACCUUUAGUACACAAGGAACACGACUGGAAUGCCAUAGAAAUUAUAUGAAAAUGUCAAAAAAGAAUGGAGCUCCCCUUUAAACAUUUUGUUAUCAUGUGUAUCAGUUGGGUGUGUAUGGCACAACUUGAUUCUUGCUUUUAUUUACAAUGGUAAAUCAUGAAAGACACACUUAAGUGUCUAAACUGAAAACAUAAAGUCAAUGACAAUGCAGGACCUCAAAGCUCCUCAAACUCUGCACGAAGGAUUACAAGAAUGUUCUGUAGUGCCUUUUUCUACUCAUGCUUACUGUUAACAUUUAGGCUCAAUCCCAAUUCUCAUUUUUACCCCUACCCCUUCGUCUGUCCCUUCCCCUUUAUCUAGCCCUUGCCCCUCAGAACGGAGUGCCAAGGGCUAGGGAUGAAGAUAUUCCCCUAAGAAAUGGGACAGCACUCGAUUAACGCUACGUCAUCAAACGUUGUCGCUAGCUGGCUGCUACGUCAGCAGAGGUGACAAGUCUUUAUCACAAACAUUCAAAAUGCCGUCUGCAAACGUUGUAAUGUCCAUUGCUUGGGUUUUAGUGUUAUUUCUGCGGCUGUCCACAAGUCGCAGAAGUCAAAGGAGGAGAAGAUAUCUUCGACGCAUACAAGUGCUGAUGGACCAGUUUUUGGUAUGUAUGGAUUGGCUGUAAAUAGACGUUUUGUUGUAUUUAACGUUAACCGAGCUAAUCAACGCUAACGUUAGCUAACGAGCUUACCUAAACGUGUAAACAUUCGUGUAUACAUUUAUAGCUCGCUUUGGCUGCUCAUUGCGCCAUUUUGGUGUUUGCACUUAAUUGUGGGAAAAUUCCAUGUACUCCUUGGCUGCUAGUGUGGUCCGGGAAAAGCUUCGUUUUAAGGGCUAUUUGGCCCUAGCCCUUGGCACUCGCCCUCAAUCCACAGGAGAAUUGGGAUACCCCUUCCCCUCAUGUGAACGUGCAAAACUAAGGGGGAGGGCUAAGGGGGAGGGCUAAGGGGUGGAAUUGGGAUUGAGCCUAACUCUUGUCUGAUCACCAUCUCUGUCACAUGUAAUGUCUGUUUUUAAAUGAUCAAUCACAUUUUCAAACGGAAUCACAAACAGAGUUUUAGACAGGCCUUUAAAUGUAAUUGUUUCAUAUUCCACCUUUUAGUUUGUCUCCUGUGUCACAGUCACACUUCCUUCCUUUCCAUAUGUGCAAACAGAAAUUAAGUCAGAGAGUCCACAGAGCAGCAGCUGGAACAUGUGGAACUGUGGGGGCAAAAAGUACCAUAUCAAAGCCUUUGACAUUCAUUUUGUGAUUGAAUCAAAAUGAUCAUUUAAAGACAAAAAUAGGAACAAGGAGUUCAUCAUUUUGUAUUUGUAUUUUAUUUCAUGUUUUCAAAGGAGCAGUAUGAAAGAUUUAGGGGGAUUUAGUGGCAUCUGGCAGUGAGGAUGCAGAUUGCAACCAGCUGAAACUUCACCCAAUUAGAAUUCCUUCAGUGUUCAUUGUUCAGGAGUUUUUUUUUUUACCGGAACCGAAUUAUCUGCAGAGGUCUCUUCCCUCCAAAACAAACAGACAAACAAUGAAAAACACUUAAUAAAGCAGUUUCAUGUUAAAAAUUUGUGUUUUUCCCCAACACUGCUUGGCCCUGUCUUGAGUCAGUCAGUGCAUUUACAUGCACAGUUAAGUGAAGCUACUGUACGGUUAGAGCUUGACUGUGUCAUUUAAUUGGACUACUGUCCUUGUCCCACUAUACAAGCACAGGAGGGAGAUUGAUUUAUUGACCAAAGUAUGUCCGAACCUGCUACAAUAGGUGGCGAUAUGCCUCUUUUAGCUUGUUAGUAUUGGACCUUUUUUUUUUUGAUUGACCUAUUAUGUCACAGACCAAACAAUCUAGCAUCGUCCAGCUGUUCCGACACUUUUUUGAACAGGUGACCAUUCUGUGUUCUGCUCCCAUCAAUGUAUAUUAAAAUAUUAAACUCUUUUAGCUAACACAGCAUGAACUGUGUCUCCUCGUCCAUCCAAAAAGGCACAAUUCUGGAUGUAGAUUUCACCGUGUUGUCACAGGCUACUUUUCUGUAUUUAACACUAUUCGACUUCCAGGUCGAAGCCCGGGGUGAAAACUGUGGAGCAUGUGUAGAGCGCCUAGGCCAGUUUGGGUUUGACUGACUGUUCACAUGUAGGAGCAAUUCGACUCCCAGUGGCAUUAUCUGGGUGUGUUAGUCCAACUUUGAGAAAUUCGAUUUAGUAUGAUUUCAGUCGGAAUAACGUGUUUACAUGUAUUUCAAAAUUCCAGUUUUAGUCGGACUAACAGUUAAUCUGCUUUCCCUCAUGUCAUGUCAAUGUACUGAGUGUUUGGUUUGUCCAUUCUGUGCUACUGUAGAAAUAUGGUGGUGCAACAUGGCAAUGUCUGUAGAUGAGGACCUGCUCGUAGGUUCAUCAUAGAUAUAAACGGUUCAUUCUAAGGCAGCAAAAAACACAAUUGUUAUUUUCAGGCAAUUACACACUUAAGAAAAUGUACUUAUUAUAUGAUGUUCCAUUUCUGCCAAUAUAUCACCCUAAAGCCUACACACUGGACCUGUAAUACACCACUCACAAAUUAAACACUCUCUAAUAGCUUUUUUAAAAAUGGAUGAUUAUGAGAUGCACUCCUGUGAUGUCAGACAGUUCAAUCUGUGUUUGAGGACAGCUCAGUCUGUCUGACCUCUGAUCAGUUAGCACCAUGUACUGUACUGUAGGAUAUGACUUCUUGCACUAUCAUCUGAAUUAGGUGAACCUGAUUUCCUCACAGGGAUUCAUGAUUUACCUUUUUCUUAUCAGACUGCUUUUGAUCUGUUCUCACUGAUUGAAUUGUUCUCUGUUCUAACUAGUUAAAGGCUCAGUUCACUCAAAUUCCAGUUAGUUCUGUCUGUGAGAUUUCCUGCCUCCACCACAGUUCAGUGAAGAUGGAUGUAGUGCUCACAGUAUAGAAAAAGGAUCCACCAUAUCUCUUUCCAGAAUCUGUGCACUAUAGUUGUCUCUGUCACUCUGUUUGAAUUCAGAUUACUGUCUUUCUAAGAUAUGCUGUAGUCCAUAGAGACAAAAAUUGGACAAAUAGAACAUGGACAUGGCCUUAAUCUCUAAAAAAGCCUUUACAACCUCAGACUUUUCACUAUAAUGUAAUUCAAUCAAAGUCACUGAAUAAAGCGGAUUGUUUGGAA